AUGGCGCCGCUAGCGAGCCUGCUGCUAAAAUUUAAGGAGCUGGAUGCCGAAAAGGACAUUGUCAAAGCCAAGUGGUACAUUGUCGCCGCAGCGGCUUUAGCAUCUGCUGGAGCUGGGCCAGAUCUGGUAGAGUUGUACAAACUUGCCACCCAUGGUCUUCCACUAGAUGUAGAAUUGGUGGUCCAGAGAAGGGUCAAAGAGGCCGUGUUGAAGACUAGUUGCCUCUAUGGUGUCCCAAAGAGCCUGCAAGCUCUACUACCCCUGUUUGCCUCAUUGCCAGACGAUCAUGUUGACAAUGCUGGGCCACGUUACUUUUCAUCCGACUCUGAAGAAGCUGUGAAAGAACGGGAGGCCAAAGGGAAAACGUAUUUCGAUACGCUGUGGGGAAAGGAAGCUGCACAGCUUCAUCGGGAUCGCAACUUCAAGUACCAGCCAGAUUUGUAUCUACUAAACCUAAAACACAUUUACGAGUGGCAUUUUAGCGAGGACGCGAUUCUGGGAGCUGUUGAGACUCAAAGCUGCAAUGUAGCUGCAUUGAUAUGCGCAAACUGCCCGGUUCAGGCGAUGUGGCACGCCCGCGGCUUGCUUCGCCACGGGGGUACUCUAGAGCAGGCAAAACUCGCUCAGGCCAUCGGCCUUGAAAUCGCAGCUCUGUAUGAGUGUAAAACAGGCAACAUCGUUCCUGUUGAGGAUAUUGACAUUACGACCAAGAGUCACGAAUAG